AUGUUUAGCAGGCGACAUCUGUCAACAUCAUCAUCGGGCAGCAGAGGUGGCAACUCCACUCCACUCACAUAUUCCGCUAGAGCCUCUCUCUUUGUGUUGGUGAAGAGGACAUUUGUUGGAAUCGAUUUGGCACUCCUCGUUGUACCCAGUGUGAUUUUUGCAGUGUGGUCUUCAAUUUUACUUUACAAUACGAUGAAAGUAGACAAUGCAGUACUGAGCCGAUUACAAAAUGGUACUACUACUUCGGAUCCUUUUAUUAUUGUGGAACCAUCCACGAAUGAGAGUCAAAGAUCUUUUUUACCAAACAGCAUGAUGGAGUCACGAAUUGUCAACUCUUACAACAACCACUCGAAUUCUACCAAUUCCAACAAGGACAAUUUUUACACACCUCUCAUUUUCCAAUGCAUGGUUUUCACAAUAUUAUUUGCAUUGACACUCACAGAUUGGAUCAAUGUUCUCUUUACGAGUUUCGGAGGAGAAAUUUGUGAACGAAUUGCACUCUAUCGAUGGAAACAAAAAAAACUUUCCGAAAAUCCAUCACUCUUAUUUUCAAAGAGUCAUGAGGAACGAGCUGAGAUGGAAGAUGCUGCCGAUGCACAAAUUCCACCCAUUAAUGAACAUUGGAUGGAUGAUGAAGAUUUAAGUGAAAUGGCACAAACCUCUUGCUACUCACAUGUUGGAUAUUUAAUUUUCAAAUGGCUCAUUGUUGGUGGAAUACUUUUGGGAUUAUUUUCAUGGUUUACAGUGGAAUUGGUGACAAUGAAUCGUACUUUGAGAAGUCAUGAUUUGAUAUCGCCGUCACGAAACACAAGCAUCACUCCAUUUUCUGCUGAUUCUUCAUCUCACUUGGAAUUUGAUGGAUCCAGUGUCACCACAAAAGCAAGCAUGAUAAUUAUGGAAUCUCCAACUCCCUCCUUUCAACCCUCACUCAACAUGUUGUUAAAUGUUUCCAAUUCAGCAAAUUUAACUUCAAAUACGGUGGCAUGUGCAUUGUUGUUUUUGACAGAUAUUGGACCUCAACAACAGAAUGGUAAAAUUGUGUUGCAACAAUCGAAAAUUUCAUCUCUCGGUGACUCUGUAUUCUUAUAUAUGGUAAUUCGAUGGAUGGUUUAUGGAUUGGGAUUGUUGCUCUCCACAGUAGCUUCAAUCAUUAUUUCAGUAUAUGGAUGUUGUGUUUGUGUGGGUGAUAAGAAUUCAAGACGACGCUCGUCGAACAAGUCCAUUUCAGAUCAUGUGGCCUAUCGACCUCUAGCAACUGUAUCUGAUGAUGAUGAUGAUGAUGAAUAG